UGGCAGUCAUUAAAUGGUCUGCCAGACCAGUCCCUAGCAAAAAGAUUGGCAACUCUCUGUGCACCGUAAGGCAGGCACGCUAAGGCCCCCCAGACACACCCUCCCCUGCGGGAGGUAAAGGUCUGCCCACGUCCGAGCACGCGCCCGAAGAUGGGGUCCAGUUCACCAGAAGGUGCACAGAGAGUCAUCCUAAUGCCGAAAAAUCCGUAAAGGAAAGUAUAGGCUAUAGGGCACGAAGCUAAAUGCACAGCAGGCAAAUAGCGUCGCGGCAGCAACGAGGGGUGGGCGCCGAAGCGUCCGGCAACACGUAGGAGCCGAGGUGAUGAUUGCCGAGGGCUGGCUCCAGUCAAUCUCUUUAAAAAACACCCUCGGCAAAGUUCCCGUGAAUCAGGCAUCACGGUGACCCCCUUUGUAGCCUUCGGCAUGGCGUGGCUGCCACCCGCGGUACUCCGGGCAUCAUGGUGACCUUCUUGGCGUGUCGGCAUGAUGGUGCGGCCGUUUCGCGUUACGGCAUCACGGUGGCUAUCUUCGCGUUACCGAACGGCAAGGCGCCACCCGCUGCACCCCGUCGGUAUUCCUGGCCAGAACAAUCCUCCCCUCACUCUGAAUUAGCCAGGAAAGGCUAAUUCACCGCUGAUGGCUGAGAGGUGAAGCAGGCCCCCAGAAAUACUCCACCCGCAGAACAGCAACCAAAGUCAUGAUAAAUGACCUGUCUACUUGGAACUACCGUUAACCAUCGAAAUGGUUCUACCGCCAGUAUUAGUUACUAAUGUUGCUGCCCAACAUUAGGAUAGAGCAGUUGGCAGGGAAUGGUGGCAAGUGGCAAGGCUUAGGUACCAACAGAGCUGAGCAGCGCAUCAGUUGAUGCAGUUCAAAGAAAAAUCCUGAAAGGGUUUGGAAGAAAGUAUGGAGUGCAAAGUAUGCCUAGACGCCUAUAAUGACUGUGAGAAAAGGCCUCGAAAUCUUCCGUGUGGCCAUAGCUUCUGCUCCUCUUGCAUUGAGGACCUCAUAAGGCAAGGAAUGCUCACUUGCCCAAAUUGUCGAGCCAGGCACACCUGUUCGGAUGUAACAAACUUCCCUUUUGCUUACGAGCUAGAAGAGCUGAUAAACAAGAUGAGGAUGUCAACCCUGGGUGGGAGGUCUCGUGAAGAGGAGAGAAAGAUCAUCCUGAUUCAAGAAGAGCAAGAGGCUCUUUUGAAGACUAGCUUAUCCAGCUGCAAGGAUAUGCUGCUUGAACUCAAAAAGUACAAGAAUAGCUUAGGCGAAUGGGUGGUAGAACACCAGGACCUUGUUCAAGAACUCACUGCAUUGAUAAAGGUUAACAGGAGCAUCCAGCAGCUCUUGAGAAAAGAAGAAGAGUGUGCCUCAGUGUGUCUUGGGGAAGGAGAGGAUAAAAAGCAGAUGUUGUUGUUGGCAGAAGAGGCCCUAGCAGCAGCCAGAAUGCCGCAAGAGGUGGUGGGUGCAAUAGAUGAUGGCGAGUGCUGUCGUGUCGCAGCAGAUGAUUGGGCUAAGAAGUGCCAGGAGGUCUUCCCAAAUGUCACUGCUGUUUAUAGGUCUGUCAAGGUCCGAACAUCUACCAAGAAGGCCCUGAAGAUGAUAACACAAGAGACUGGAGAAGAUACAAGCUCACCAGUUCUUGUUUCUGAUGAUGGAGGUGCUGUAUCCAUCCUUUUUGGAGAUCCUCCUGCUGUCAUUGCCACUGGAGAGACAGAGACUGCUGCUGAGCCCUUGCCAAGCAUACUCCACAGGUUUCAUAACCUUGUUGGAAUGGAACAUUUGACGGUGGAGAGUCUUCGUGAACUGGCUUUGCCUGUGCGGCAUCUGGUGGAAUGUGGGCAAGUGGUUGCCAUUCAGCACAGCCUUGGACACCCACGCUAUGCCAGGGUGUCUCUGCACAAUGACACACUCUGCCUUCACCACCUGCAGGACAACCCCCCUCCCACCAAUACCCACAUUGUUCCUUACAAUGAACUGCUAAAUCAUGUGGACAGUGCUUCCACUUUGGUCUUCCUGGAGAUGUCUUGGCCAGGUUCUACUCUGAGACGACUCUACAUUCGGCUGAGCCCUGACACUCCACGUGGAAAGCAGUUCCGCCUGCUGUGCACGGGCGAGGAAGGGCCAUCCUAUGCCAGCACCAGACUUCUGAAGGUCGUGAACAAGGGCAAACCAGGUGAAUGCGUGAGGGGAGGUGAUUACGACAACAAUGAUGGGACUGGCGGUGCUGCCGUAAUUGUGGGAUUGACCCGUGGAGGGGAGUAUAUGCGCUCUGACAACGCAGGAGCCGUCUGGGGACGAUGGGGUGAUGAGUGCCGGGGUGGCCAGUUCUACAUCACCACCAGAUCCCGGCCCGGGGCAGCUCUUCUGACAGUUUUUGGCCAGGUGGAGAGUGGGCUCGAAACUCUCAAGUCGGCCGUCAACCUGCCUGACAUAGGACGCAUGGCUGUUAAUGAUUGUGGCCUGGUGGUGCCACACUGAGGAUAUUGUAUCAUUGCAAAGGAUGAAGUAGUUUUGCUCUGUCAUAUUACCAUAGACAAAAUUAAUCCACCUCUUAAUGAUGCCAUGUUGUGGUAAACAGUGAAGCAACAGUCAGGUAACUUUUUCUUACAGCAAGAUAUUAGAAUUUAUUAAGUAGCAAAGCUCAAAAUUCUUAUUAGAAUUAUCAAGUGCAAUUCACUAUUUUGAAUUACAUUUCUCUUCAGGGAGCACUAAUAAUAUAUUCUAGUCAUAACUCCAAAUAGAUGUUAUUUGUUUUAUAAGAUUAAUAUUAUAUAUUAAAAUAUAUUUGCAAAUGUAAAUAGGAAUAUUAUUUUUAAUCUUUUUUUAGUCUGUUAUCUUUCUUAUUUAUUUUCUCAUGUUUUUAAUGAUUUACUAAUAUAUGAAACAUUACAAUUUAAUGCAAUUAAAGAAUUGAUUUCA